AUGAAGCUCUUGGUCUUGCUGCUCAUCUGUGCGAUCCUGAUGACAUGCCAGUGUCAGUUUGAAGAACUGCCCAUGUACAAAGCUUGUCUAAUGGAGUGUUACAGGUGCGUCAAGACAUAUGGCAAGCUGCUGUACAAUGGGAAGGUUUGUGCUGAGAACUGUGCCGUCACCAACGGUCAGAGUCUGGACAGUAAGUGUGACCGACCUACAAAACGCACCGGUAGAAAGUCACCGCCCACAGCCGCAUGUGCCCAUCUGUGUUCGAAUCAAUGCGGUCCGGGCUACAGCAAUGACAACAUGGACACUCACGCCUGUAUAUUCACAUGCAUCAUCUCUAAUGAGCAAACAGUUGCCUGUUGA